AUGGCCCGGGCCCGCGGGCCGCUCCCAGCGCGGCGGAUCCGGAGGAGCCGAGAGCUAGACAAGCCGGUGCAGUAUGCUGGGCCCUGGGCGCACGAGGUGCCGGUGCAGAUGUUUGGUGGUGUUCCGCUGCUGUUGCUGCUCCUGCUUUUGCUGGCGCGCCCCCCGCCCGCAGCCGGCGACCGCAGGACGAGCGACGGGUGGCUCGUGUCCGAGCUCUUCUCACAGACUCCGCAGCGGCUGUCCUUCUACAGCUGGUACGGCAGCGCCAGGGUCUUCCGCUUCCGCGUGCCCCCGGACACCGUCCUGCUGCGAUGGCUGCUGCAAGUGUCCCGGGGCAGCGGCCCCUCGUGCUCCGACGUGGAGAUCACCGUGCACUUCCGCUAUGGCGCCCCUCCGGUCAUCAACCCCCUGGACGCCAGGUUCCCCGACAACACCUCAGUGGCGCCCUCCUUCCACGUGCGGAUGCUGCUGAGUUCGAUGCUUCAGAGUAACACCUCUGUCAACGUCUCCCACCCGGCACCUGGGGACUGGUUUGUGGCUGCCCACCUGCCCCCUUCACCCCAGAAGAUCCAGAUGAAGGGUUUCGUUCCCUCCUGCGCCUACAUCUUCCAGCCGGACAUGCUGGUCCUCCGGGUGGCUGAGGUCUCGGUCCUGGAGCCCAACGUGCCCCUCCCACAGACCCUCUUUCUCUCACGCCCCAGCUACCUCAAGGUCUUCAUCCCUGAAUUCACGAGGGAGGUGCUGCUAGAGCUGCAGGGCUGUGUGUCCAACGGGAGCCAGUCCUGCCCUGUGCGCCUGACUGUGGGCUCGGUCACUCUGCCCCGUGACUUCCGGAGAGUGCUCAGCUGCGCUGGCCACCCCCAGCCCUGCCGCCUGUUGCUGCGCUCCCCGCCCUGGGACCGGUGGCUGCAGGUGACCGCCGAGAGCCUGGCGGGGCGCCGUGCCCCAGUGGCCUUCCGCACCGUGGCCACCCUCACAGCCUGCAGGCCGUGGACCGUGAGCGCCCAGCACCUCCUGCAGGGCACCCCCAACCAGAGCCGCAAUGCCUCCCAUGGCCCCCAGGACCCUGUCCAUGGCAGUGGGACAGCAGCCGGCCCUUCCUGUCUCAUGAGCUACCCCAUUCUGCGGGAGGAUGUGGACGUGGUGUCCGUGCGCUUCCGGCCCCUGGACAGGGUUUGGGUGCUCGUGCAGCCUGACAUGCCCUCCCUGCUGCGGCUGUUCCUCAACACGGGCAUGGACAGUGGGGGCUCCCUCACCAUCUCCCUGCAGGCUAACCAGACCAUAGUGAAGAACAGCACCCUGGUGGUGGCCUGUGUGAAUGCUGCCUCCCCCUUCCUCAGCUUUAACACGUCACACAACUGUACCACAGCUUUCUUCCAGGGCCACCCACUGACCCUGAGCACUACAUCCCAGCAGGCCAGCCUCAUCAUCCCCUUCCCAGAGACAGACAACUGGUACCUCUCGAUGCAGCUUGUGUGCCCCGAGAACCCUGGGGAGUGUGAGCAGGCCGCAGUGCACGUGGAGACCACCCUGUACCUGGUGCCCUGUGUGAAUGACUGUGGGACCUACGGCCAGUGCCUCCUGCUGCGGAGACACGGCUACCUGUAUGCAGGCUGCAGCUGCAAGGCCGGCUGGCGCGGCUGGAGCUGCACAGACAACAGCACGGCCCAGACGCUGGCCCAGCAGACGCUGGCCGUGCUGCUGCUCACCCUGAGCAACCUGGCUUUCCUGGCCCCCAUCACCGUGUCCGUCCAGCGCACCUUCUUGGUGGAGGCUUCUGUGUAUGCCUACACCAUGUUCUUCUCCACGUUCUACCAUGCCUGCGACCAGCCGGGGGAGGCCGUGCUGUGUAUCCUCAGCUACGACACGCUGCAGUACUGCGACUUCCUGGGCUCUGUGGUGUCCAUCUGGGUCACCAUCCUGUGCAUGGCGCGACUGAAGGCUGUCCUGAAAUACGUCCUGUUUCUCCUGGGCACACUAGUCAUUGCCAUGUCCCUGCAGCUGGACCGCAGGGGCGCCUGGAACAUGUUGGGGCCCUGCCUUUUUGCCCUCGUGGUCAUGGUCUCCAUGUGGGUGUACCGCUGCGGGCGCCGGCACCACUGCUACCCCACGUCUUGGCAGCGCUGGGCCUUCUACCUACUGCCGGGCAUCGCCAUGGCCUCCAUGGCCAUGGCCAUCUACACCUUCAUGAUGACCAGUGACAACUACUACUACACCCAUAGCCUCUGGCACAUGCUGGUAGCCGGGAGCGCAGCCUUCCUGCUGCCGCCAUGUGCUGAGCACAGUGAGUGCUGGGCCUGCACUCAGGUGUUCCCCUGCCACUACCAGACCUGCAGGAAUGACCGCGAGGAGCUGUAUGCCGUGACGUGA